AUGUCUGAUAAGCUCAAGGAGUUUGUUGAAAUUCCCCAGCAGUUCGUCCGCGAUGGCAACCAGUUUCUGACCAGGUGUACGAAGCCCUCGCGCAAAGAGUUCAUCCAGAUCUCUAAGGCUGUCGCCAUCGGUUUCGCGGUUAUGGGCUUCAUUGGUUACUUCGUCAAGCUCAUCCACAUCCCAAUCAACAACAUUCUAGUAGGCGGCGCAUGA